AAUGGCUACGAUAAUACGGAGCGUUUGGGACGGAUACCAUGACCUCAUGGACAACAAGAGCGACCAGCGGGUCAACGGCUGGCCCAUGAUGUCUUCGCCAUUCCCUACGCUUUUUAUAUGCCUGAGCUACGCCUACUUCGUCAAGGUUAUUGGACCAAAACUAAUGGAAAAUCGCAAACCAUUCCAACUUAAAUAUACACUUAUAGUAUACAAUUUAUUUCAAGUGAUAUUUAGUUGCUGGCUAUUUUACGAGUCAUGUGCUUCCGGAUGGCUGACGACCUACAGCUUCCGAUGUCAGCCAGUCGAUUAUUCGAGGUCGCCCGAAGCCAUGCGGAUGGUGCAUGGCUGUUGGUGGUACUACUUCUCGAAGUUCACGGAGUUUUUCGAUACGAUUUUCUUCGUUUUGCGUAAGAAAAACAAACAUGUGUCGACACUCCACGUUAUUCAUCACGGAUGUAUGCCAAUGUCCGUCUGGUUUGGCGUCAAAUUCACUCCAGGUGGUCACAGCACCUUUUUUGGCUUCUUGAAUACUUUCGUCCACAUUAUCAUGUAUUCUUACUACUUGCUUGCCGCACUUGGACCUCAGUACCAGAAAUACUUGUGGUGGAAGAAAUACCUGACUGGUCUUCAAAUGGUACAAUUCGUCCUGGUUAUGAUCCACGCCUUCCAGCUGUUGUUCAUUGAAUGUAAUUACCCACGUGCCUUCGUCUGGUGGAUCGGCAUGCAUGCAGUCAUGUUCUACUUCCUAUUCUCUGAUUUCUACAAACAGACUUACAACAAGAAAGAAAGAAGAGAAGCGAUGAAAUUAAAUGCCGAAAAGUACCAAAGCAAUUCGACGGCAGUCCACGAAGCCAACAAUAAGGAAGCUAUAUUGAAUAACACAGAAAACUCUUUUGGAACGCGGAAGAGGCUUUAACAUCGUUUCCAAAAUUUGUGUUCAUUCAUCAUUCAAAAAUUUUAUACAAAAAAAUAUUUAAUAAGAGCAAUUCGACGACUUUUUAAUGCGCUAACAUCGUGAUCACUAACUGAUCUAUCCAAAGUGCAUAGAACAAUCACCAAUAACAAUUUGGUAAAUCAUUUUUUUAAAUCAUUUGUCAUAAGAACUAAAUUAAAUUUAUAAAUUAUAUAUUUUUUAAUACUGAAACGCAUUCAAUAUUAUCAACUAUGUACUCGGCAUUAUUUUUGUAAUGUUUAUUGAAUGCGCCUUUGAAUGUUGUAAUAACUAUAAAUUAAAUAAUAGGUUUUAAUUGAUAAUGGAGA